AUGCAAAAUGAGAAGAAGCGCAGGAAGGGAAGAGGGUCACUUGCUGCCACGGCGUCCCCUGCAGUGAUGAAGAUGGACAGCAAACGUGGCGCUUUGACGGGGGAAGAAAACCAAGCGGCAGGAAGGAAAACUCCUCCCCCAAAGAGUAAAAAACAUAAAGGAGAAGAACGUGUGGACGAAGUGGACGCAGCGGAUGAAGUGCACGAAGUGAAAGAAGAAAAAGGAGAAAAAAAAAAAAAAAAAAACACAAACGAGUUAGAAUGCAUGGCAUACGUGUACCUGCUAAUGGAAUACUUUUUUGAACAUAACGCAAUGACCUUUUUCACUGAAAAUUUUUACCUGCAAGGAAAUGUGUUGUCCAUAACGGAGGCCCUCAUAGGACACAUAUUGUGGGUGUAUGAUGAAGAGAAAAAAAAAUUAUAUGGGUCCAGGAUAACCGAACUGGAAGCAUACAACGGGAUUGAAGAUAAAGCAUCCCAUGCAUAUAAUAAUAAAAAGACAAACAGAAAUGCUACCAUGUUUGCUAAAGGAGGAGUCAGUUACGUGUACCUCUGCUAUGGCAUACACAAUUGUUUGAACAUUGUAACAAAUGAAGAAAAUAUCCCGGACGCCAUUUUGGUCCGAUCACUGGAGCCAUGUUAUGGUAUGGACACUAUCUUGCUUAACAAGUUUAAAAUGAAUUCUGCCGAGUCGCCAAUAUUGGCAACGCGUUCUCAGGAUCCUUCUGCAUGCGCAAUGAAAGGGGAAGAGGGUAGUGACAUUUCCACUGACGGCCCAGAUGAAUCUACUCAACAACAGAGUAAAUACUUUAUGGCUAAGGAGAAGCUCCAAAGGGUUGAAGCAGUGAAGGCCAUUUUGAAAUUAGUAAAUAUGAAAAAAUUGACCAAAGCUUGCAGUGGCCCUGGGUGUGUAACCAAAUGCUUAGGUAUUACCAGGCAGGACGAUAAGGCCAGAUUUUGUUCCGACCUGCCGCACUGUUCCCGGCAGGGGAAGAAACGCACUUCGGGUGGGGUAGCACCCGUGCAGGGUGCUGAUGCUGCCCAGGUCGGGGUCCACGCAACCAGCCAGGGUAAAAAAAUAAACCCGGAUCACAUCUCCACAUGCAACAUAAGCCAUUUACAACAGAGUAGAUUCUUCAUCAGCGUCUGUCCCACCACAAAUCAAAUUAUAAAUUUUUACGAAGCACUGGUUGCUCAAAAAGGGGGAAAUCAUAAAUUCAUAGGGGACGUGUACAGUCAGUACAAGAUGCACUUGCUAGAAUAUUUUAACUGUAUGAAAUGGGACCAGGAGAACAUGGUCGUGCAGAGGGACAAACGGGUAGGAGUGGCCUAUGCUGAAGAGGCUGCCCUGUAUGACUACCGGUUCUUGUUAAAGGGCCACCCGUCCAUCUCGGUCUUACCCAAGUGA